UGUGUGUGUGUGUGUGUGUGUGUGCACUGGUUUCCCUAAUCUCGUGAGCACUUGAGCAUGGAUGCACACCAAUCUCGUGGGCACUUGUGACCUCAUGGGUACCUAAAACCGAGUCCUCAUUAGGACAACCUAUGGAAUGACUUUACAAUGACCUCAAAUGAAGCCUGAGUGAGAAAUUUCGGAAAGUCCCAUGAGGUGGGAUUUUGAGAGAAAAUGUGUGUGUGUGUGUGGCGAGAGGGGCAAGUUACUGACACCGGUGGCCAAACGGUGGUACUGCAGUGUGUGUGUGUAUCUGUGUCGGUCGAUCGCUGAUGACAUCACAUCAUCAAGUGUGCAUCCUGGACGGCUUUACGACCUGGUGGGGACAUUGCCAUGGUAAUCUUUUGUUAGUGUAAAAAGUGUUAGCCUACUUUAUUUGAGUUUCGAGUUCAUAGGGACAUCAAGCCACAGACGGUUGAAACCAACUAUUGGUCCAUAGCUUUACAGAAAGCUAGAAAUUAAAUUGAAUUUAAAUUUAAAUCAUUUAAAAUUAAAAGACAUCUGAUUUAUUUCGUUUUGGAGGGGUGGAAAGCAAGCAAGUAUGAAGGUGACGGACCAUUGUCGUUCGUAGCCUGGACUACCGGUAUGUGUGGGUCUGCCCGGUCGUCACCCAGCAGUCAUCCCUCCCGAUCGAAGCAUUAGCCUCCUAUCUUAUGCCCACAUAAAGCCUUUUGCCGUCGCAUCCCCGCACUAAACACAAUACUGCUACCGCCAUUUUAUCUGACCUGUUCCACACACACACCCAAGUGCCCACCAUGAUACCCCCAUGUUAUGUUUUGCCCGCCAUUUCGUCUAGAUUACGUUCCAUACACCUCUUGUCUGAGUCCUCAGAUGCCCACAUCCCAGCCACGCUCCAAACGUUCCACACACACACACGGUAAGUGCCCACUUUGACCGCGGUGGCACUGGUAGCAGCUACCACCUAAACGCUGUCGCGGCCGCCAUUUCACAAUGUAAUGUGUUUUUCUACCGCCAUUUUAUCACAUACGUUCGAUGCACCUCUUGCCUGGGUCCCCACAUACCCUCAUGCCAGCUCACUCCUUUCUAAAAGUUCUACACACACCUAGUGUGGGUACCCAGAUGACUCGAUACAGGCUAGCCCCCUCCCCCUCCCCACCCAGCUAGAGCGUCAAGUGAUACAGUAACGCUCCCAGUCUAUCACUCCUUCUGGUCGGCUCAAGUUGAAGGUCGUCGAGUGCGUCGUGGUCCUGGAUUUGCGUUACAUGCAGCUGUAUCUUUUAUCAAUGGAAAGUUAAAAGGUAAGUAGCCUAUAUUGCUUAACAUUUAAACAUAUGCGAAUAACACCACCCAAUUUGAGUGCAUGUUUUGAAAUAAACGGAUUAAGAUAUUGCUGAGAUGCUAAGCACGGUUGUAUUUGACGUCGUGAGAUCAGUGCAGAAGCAUUCUCUCAUUUACAUUAAUUUCUCCAUUAGGGCAGAUGCAACUUUUUUGGUCUAUGGACGAAUCCCGAGACGAAAAGACAUCGUCCAACGAGGACGGUGCUAAUGCUUUAAAUCAUCCUAAAAUUGAAGAACAACAUUGAAGAAUUCAGAAGCAUCACUCUUGGUAAGUAACAUUCCUAAUGUACAGUUUUUAGCAUACAGUGUGCAUAUUGAUAACAUGGGAUAACUGAGGUGUUCCUGCACAGUCCGCCACCUCCUAGUCCAAUAGCUCAGUGCUACGUUAAUGUAUGAGACUUCAGGGAGGAGGUUUACUUGCAUUCCAUGCCACACUCUGCUAGUGGGCCUAUGUGCCAUAGGACCAUUCUGAUAGCUCAGUGCUACCGAUACUGUAUGAGGCUUUGGGAGGGAGGUUUCCUAACAUUCCACACCACACUCUGCUAGGUGGCCUCCAUUUCAAUAGCAAUGAUAUACUGUGUAGCAAUAAUGAGUACACCACCGUUAAAAAGCACAAUAACAUUUUGAACAAUAUUUCAAUAAACAUAAAAGUUACAUGUAUUUCAAAUAUGCACAUGGGGUAUGUUUUUAGUAAAACGUCCAUGUAGCUUACCACAGAAAAGUAAGUUUGAUUAUAACAAAAAUCAGCAUUGGCCAUAGGUGUUUGUUAAGGGUCAUUGUCAAGAAAACAAUGAUCAACAGUAAGGACACUGAGUAAUGAUGACAUAUUUGCUAUUCGUAGAGCAAUACUGCUAUGUAUUCAGGAUUUCAAACACCAGCAGCACUCAUGUAUUCUUCAUCUCCAACAUGUAUGUAUGUAUGUAGUGUACAGUUAUCCUAUUCUCCAAGGGCUAUACUUUGACCACUAUUUCUCCCUGCAUUUUAGGCCUAUAUUGAAGGCAGCCACCUUUAAAACAGACUCAGCCUUCUCUAGGUCCUCUGAAUAUAACUACAUCACAUCUCAUUUCUAAGAUUCCUUUACUCAAUAUGUCACAUUUCAUGUUAAGAUGCAUAACAUUAAAAGUAUAUGGGCGCAGUUAAAAAUGACUGCAUCAAAAGAGAUAAUUGACUGCAUGUGGCCUUUGAACUGAAAUGGGUUUGACACCCCUGAUUUAGCUGGUGUCGGAGACGACUAUCAUGCUUGGAGUGGUCAUGUUAUGCAGUUUCAUAAGAAUGCGAUGGGAUAAUGCCAUUCUUUGCAAAGUAACUCUUCUUAUGCAGCACCUGUUUUGCAGGGGACCUAGUCAAGGAGGGAGACCCACACCCUGUCUACAGUACUCCUGUAUUUUCCCUGAACUUGGGAUAUAAGAUGUCAAACAUUCCUUUGAUUUCUGUUUUUCUUUUUGUAACGUUCCAGGAAUCAACAGAUGAAAACAUGUCUUCAGUUACUCCCACAACACCAUGUCCGUUUCCUAUCCUGUACAGUGACCAGGACUCUGCAACCAUGUCCAAGGUGUUAAACUUGACGGACACUGAUAUGGAUCUGUUGGUUCAGUUUCUGGGUCAUGAUAUCCACGUGCACAAGAAGUUCUACCGUCUUCCUGAAGGUACUUUGGAACUGGCCAAAAUAACGAAGAUUCUUACAGCACUGGAGACUGGGCGGUUGGCAGACUUCAAGGGCAGAAAUCUUGAUGAAAUCAAUAUCGACCCCAAUGAGACACUUGAUGUUACGACAGGGUUUCCUGAUGAGGACUGCUCAGACACGGACCCUACCCCAUCACAGCCAGGUGCCAAUAACACCAACAAAGAUUCACCAUCUACAUCAGCAAGAGAUGAAACGCCACAGACACUUGAUGUUACGAGUACGACAGGGUUUCCUGAUGAGGACUGGUUUCCUGAUGAGGACUGCUCUCCUGAUGAGGACUGCUCAGACACGGACCCUACCCCAUCACAGCCAGGUGCCAAUAACACCAACAAAGAUUCACCAUCUACAUCAGCCAGACAUGAAACACCACAGACACUUGAUGUUACGAGUACGACAGGGUUUCCUGAUGAGGACUGCUCAGACACGGACCCUACCCCAUCACAGCCAGGUGCCAAUAACACCAACAAAGAUUCACCAUCUACAUCAGCCAGAGAGGAAACGCCACAGACACUUGAUGUUACGACAGGGUUUCCUGAUGAGGACUGCUCAGACACGGACCCUACCCCAUCACAGCCAGGAGCCAAUAACACCAACAAAGAUUCACCAUCUACAUCAGCCAGACAUGAAACGCCACAGACUGGACCAAGUACAUCACCCAAGAGGAGGUGGACACACGAGGAGGUUGCAGCUGUUGAGGCCAAGUUCAUGAAUCUCAUAAAGGCAGGAAGAACGCCCGGUAAAAGGCAGUGUAUCGAAUGCAUUCAAGCUGCACCAAAAGCACUACAAAACAGAGACUGGACUGCCAUCAAAUACUAUGUCAAAAAUCGAAUCGCCUCAUACCAAAGAGUGGCAAGUAAGAGGGUCACAUAAAAUGUCCCAGACUGGAGCAUUGGUAUCUUGCAGUAGAUAAACAGCUAGGUUGUUGGUGUUCACGUCCUCUUGGCUGCUGUAUUUAGUUCAUCUCUGCAGGAUAGGUGUUGGUGUUAAUGUUGUCUUGGCCACGUUCUCUUGGUUCUCCUUGUUCUCUUUUAUGUAGUAUGAUAGGCUCAGAUGUUUUUCCUGGUGUGAUUCAGCAGUGUAUAACCUUGAGUAAAACUUAUGGAAAGCCUGGUUAAUUAUAUCCCCGAAACGCGGAGUGUCGGGGAUGUAAUGGUUUUGCGUGCACCGCCGCGCCCGCCGCCAUGUCCGCCGCCAUGUCCGCCGCGUUAGGUCUUUCGUGUUAACGCGAUAUCUUUUGAACGGAUGGUGGAUUUGUCCCAGAUUGGGUGUGUGAAGCUGAAGGGUAGGUUCAUGAACUGAUUAGAGUUUGGAGGUCAACACAUUCAAGAUGACCACAUUUUUAUUUGGCCCAUAACUUCUGACUGGGUGGAUUGAUUUGCCCGGUAAUUCCUUAUUUUAAUGGUUCACCAUUUCAGUGAAUCUACCAUAUUCGGUACAGUGUAAUAACCAGUGUAACAAUGUGUAAUACCAUGUAAUUCUAGUGUAAUAUCAGUGUAACAAUAUGCAAUACCAUGUAAUACCACUUACACACAAAUACAUGAUGUAAGUGCAAAAUUGGUACAUGGUGCCACUGGUAUUAUAUGGGAUUAAAUAGUGUUUCACUGGUUACUACACUGUACCUAAUGUGGUAUCUCCUCUGUAAUAGUGAACCAUUAAAACAGUGUUACCAUUUGCCCCACAUUUUCAUUUUCACAAUAAUCAUUUGGUUUUAAGCCUAUGCACGUCAUUGAUCUAUGUAUAGAUAUUAAAUAUAUUUCUUUUAUAUUUUGUAUUUAUCAUACACGUUUUUGAAAAGGUGGACGGGAGUGGUAGGAAUGAUGGGGGACUGGAAGCGUCGCGUUUCGGGGAUAUACCUUAAACAGUCGAAAGCGACUGCACAGGCCUAGUUUGAAAGUGGUUGAUAUGUUUAGUGCCUGACUGAUCAUUUAUUUCACGUAUACUGUGGGCCGCAGACCUUUUGGCGCAGCUUGGUGUGCAAGAGUUGUCUCUAUUUUCUCCAUGCUCAUAAAUCUAUAUCGAGAAGGUUUGUGAUGUGUUUAGUCGAUACAAGGUUAAAUUCUGUCUGUAAUAUAAGCCUUUGUUUAUAUAGGUCUGGGGUCUGAGCAAGUGACCAAUCCACAUGUAGGGUAUCCUCUGUUAGUUUUGCUACUUCUCCCCUUUUCUUUUGGGCACAAUAGGAGAUAAUCUGUCCCCUUAAACUGAUACUGACCCAUUUUUGGAAAUAAGAUCAUAUUA